AUAACAAAAUGCAACAAAAUUCUGAAUAAUUCUCAUUGCUUGCAAUAUCGCUGACAAUUUCAGUCGUACGCAAAACUCUUUGAAAUCAACCGUUUAGGUAAUUUACAGAUCAACACAUUUUAUCACACGCAUUUAAGGGAAAAUGUCUCGUCAAGAGCCGAGAUACUACAACAAAACGAUGGGACCCCCUGGGAGAAGACUAACCCCCCAAAACUCACAGAGGAUGUUCCCCCCUGUGGAUUUCUUACACAGGGAAAUCCAAAGACUGGGCUCUCUUCUGGACGUGGAGAGAGCCCGGAGGUUUGAAGACAACCAAAAACUGGCCGACAUGCAAGCAGAGCUGGAAGAGACAAAUGUCCAGUUAAGAAGGCAGAAAGCUCUCAAAGAAAUGUUUAUCAACAGGGGCAAGGAGACAAAGAGAGAACUGGAGAGAGCAGAGAAGUUUAGUGAUCCAGGAGCCCUUGACGGCAUCAUCCUUGCUACCCAGGUUCACGAGGACGUGAAACACAAGAGGAAGAAGAUGUUGCAAAAAGACUUUGAGGAAUUAAAGGUGACCCACCUCCUCAGCCAGAAAGCAUUAUCGUCUCAAAUCCAGGCUGAAAAGGACAAAAGCAAGGCCCUCCAAGAAGAACUGGACAAAGUCCAGACGUUCUACAAGAAGCUGCUCUCUAAGCAUGAAGGCGAGACGCAAACGCUUUGUGAGGAGCAACAGCUCCUUGAGGAGCUGAGAGCUGAAAAGGACGAUAUGUUUCAGAAAGUGUCAGAAAAGAUCGCGUUUCUCCAAAACAGUUUCCAGGAAGAAUUGAACCAGAUGAAACUUUCAUAUCGAGAACUGGACUGUCCAUAUAACAAAGAUGUUUCUGGAAUGAAACAAAACGUGGAAACAUGUCGGCAGGAGGUGAGAUGUGAGGAAGAUGCUGCAAAUUUGGGGAACGCAAAUGAGACUCUACAACUCAACAACGUAACAACUGAGAAGGAAGAUGACGUUCAAAAUAUGUCAGAAGAGAUCACAAUUUUGCAAACGAGGGAGAAAGAAAUGCAAAAUAAAUUACACCAGGUUCAAAUUUCAUACCAAAAACUGAAAAGUAAGUAUGAAACGGAUGUUACUGAGUUACAACAGCAGGUUGAGGAAUAUUGUCAGAAGAUAAAGCUAAAGAAAAUCGCUAGUUCAAAAAGAGAAAAGGAAUUUAAAAACCAAGUAGAAACAUAUCGGGAAGAGGCAGAUCGUGAGAAAAAAGCCAAUUUGGAGAGAGCAGAGAAGGACCUCCAACAAAUCAACACCCUGAGAGCUGAGAAGGAACAGCUCUGUGAGGAAAUGUCCAACGAGAUCGAGAUCCUGCAGCAGAAAUUCAUCGGGAUCACUAAACAUUUGAAAUGUAACAUGGGCCAGUGUGAAGCAAACCAUUCUGCACUGCAACAGCAGGUGGAAAACCUACAGCUGCAAAUAGUUCAGGAGAAGAAAGCCCACUUGGAGAAAUCAAGGCAGGACAUGGCGCUUCUCAACGAGGUGAGAGCUGUGAAUGCUGCUCUCCAAGAGACCACGACAAAAGAAAUCAAGUUUCUGGAGGAGAAGGAAAAGAAUGCGAGGACUGAGUUAGAGAAGGUUAAACGUUUAUACCAGGAGCUGAGUUAUAGGUAUGACAAGGAUGUUGCUGCACUCAAACAGGAACAUCCUGUUUGAGUCAAAAUCGUGAUAAAAAUGUUCAUUUGGAAGGAUCGAGUGAGGAUUUACAGCUUUCCAACACUGAGAGAGCUAAGGAAGAAGAUCUCCAACAAAACAAGACGCUCCGUCAGGAAAAAAUGUAAAAAAAAAUAAAUAAAAAAAAGUAAAAUGCCCCCAUUAACCAACCAGAAAACAGAUCCCUUCCUAACCCAAUUCAAAAAGCAUUCAAAGAGGAAUUUGAAUAAUAAAAAAAGUGGGCAGCGCUGUUUAGCACUGCAGCUUCACAGAGAGGAAGCGUCAGGUCUGUGCAGUUUGCUUGUUUUCCUCGUGCUGCCGUGGGUUUUCUCUGGGUGCUCCAGUUAACCCACACAUCUCCUGGAAGCAUGAAGCUUAGGUCAAUGUAAACUGCCCCCAAAAGAGUCAAGAAACUGCAAGAAAAAGAUCCAAAAGUCAUUGUGGUAUCAGCACUAAAUCAAAGACUAUUUCCUCAUGUUAAAAAGCAAAAACAAUACAACCCUGUCUUCCUCUUUCUCUGUCUUAA